UUACUACUCUUUAUUAGUUUUUAUUCUGGUACUAAGGUUGAUCAUAUAUAAUAAUAAGAAGCUAAGUUAUAUAUAUUUACGAUGUUGAAGAAAGUAGUGAAUUGUUUGGCGUGUAAUAAUGAAGAAGAUAAGAGGAUAAGAGGGAGAGUGGUGUUGAUGAAGAAGAAUGUGUUGGACUUCAACGACUUCACUGCUUCAAUUCUUGAUCGUGUUCAUGAGUUUGUGGGACAGCGCGUUUCUCUUCAACUCAUAAGUGCCACUAACGUUAAUCCUGAGAAUGCAUUGAAAGAAGGAACACUUGGGAAGGAAGCAUAUUUGGAAGAUUGGAUUACAACAUUCACACCCUUAACAGCAGGAGAAACAGCAUUCAAAGUUACAUUUGAUUGGGAUGAAGAUAUAGGAACACCUGGUGCAUUCUUAAUUAGAAAUCAUCAUCACAGUGAGUUCUAUCUAAGAAGCUUGACACUUGAAAAUGUUCCAGGCCAUGGUACUAUCCACUUUAUUUGCAACUCUUGGGUCUACCCUUCUGAUAAAUAUGAAAAGGAUCGCAUUUUCUUCAGCAACAAGACAUACCUUCCAAAUGAAACACCAAAGGCACUUGUUAAGUAUAGGGAAGAAGAACUUGAAUGCUUAAGAGGACAUGAUGAAAAAGGGAAGCUUCAAGAAUGGGACAGAGUUUAUGAUUAUGCAUAUUACAAUGAUUUGGGGAACCCAGAUAAAGGUUCAGAAUAUGCUCGUCCUGUUCUAGGAGGUUCUAGUAAAUAUCCAUACCCUAGAAGAGGAAGAACUGGUAGACCACCCAGUUCAUCAGAUGUUAAUACUGAGAGUAGAUUGAAUCUUUUGCUGAGCUUGGACAUUUAUGUUCCAAGGGAUGAAAGAUUUGGCCACCUGAAAAUGGCAGAUUUUCUUGCUUAUGCAUUGAAAGCCAUAGUUCAAGUCCUGAAACCUGAGUUGGAAUCUUUAUUUGACAAAACUCCAAACGAGUUUGAUAGCUUGGAAGAUGUACUUAAAAUCUAUGAAGGUGGGAUUAAAGUUCCUGAGGGCAUACUUAAGGACAUUAGAGAUAACAUCCCUUUAGAGAUGCUCAAAGAAAUUCUCAAUUCUGAUGGUGGAGGCUUCCUUGAAUAUCCCAUGCCUCAAGUCAUUCAAGCGGAUAAGUCUGCAUGGAGAACUGAUGAAGAAUUUGCAAGAGAAAUGCUAGCUGGUGUAAACCCUGUCAAUAUUCGUUGCCUCCAAGAAUUUCCACCAACAUCCAAGCUAGACCCUAAAAUCUAUGGUAAUCAAAACAGUACAAUAAGGAAGGAAAACAUAGAAAACAACCUAAAUGGACUCACUGUUGAUGAGGCAAUUAAGCAAAAGAAGCUAUUCAUAUUGGAUCACCAUGAUACAUUAAUGCCAUAUGUGAGGAGGAUUAAUGACAACACUUCUACAAAGCUUUAUGCCAGCAGAACAGUUCUUUUCUUGCAAAAUAAUGGGACUUUGAAGCCAUUGGCCAUUGAAUUGAGUUUGCCUCAUCCUGAAGGAGAUGAAUAUGGUGCCAUUAGUAAAGUUUACACACCUGCAGAGCAAGGUGUUGAAAAUUCCAUUUGGCAAUUAGCCAAAGCUUAUGUAGCAGUAAAUGACUCAGGCAAUCAUCAACUUAUUAGUCACUGGUUGCAUACUCAUGCAGUGAUCGAGCCAUUCGUUAUAGCUACAAAUAGACGGCUCAGCGUGCUUCACCCUAUUUACAAACUUUUGCAGCCUCACUUUCGCGACACCAUGAAUAUAAAUGCGCUUGCGCGACAAAUCCUCAUCAAUGCUGGUGGUAUUCUAGAGUUAACAGUCUUUCCAGCCAAGUAUUCUAUGGAGAUGUCAUCUGUUCUUUACAAGGAUUGGGUCUUUCCUGAGCAAGCACUACCAGCAGAUCUUCUUAAAAGAGGAAUAGCUGUUGAAGAUUCAAGAGCUCCACAUGGCCUUAGACUAGUGAUUGAGGAUUACCCUUAUGCAGUUGAUGGACUAGAGAUUUGGUUUGCCAUCAAGACAUGGGUGGAGGACUAUUGUUCCUUCUACUACAAGGCGGACGAGACGGUUAAGGAAGACGAAGAGCUUCAAUCUUGGUGGAAGGAACUAAAAUCAGAGGGUCAUGGUGACAAGAAAGAUGAGGCUUGGUGGCCAAAGAUGCAAACUCGCGACGACCUCAUCGAAGUUUGCACCAUUGUUAUAUGGAUUGCUUCAGCACUCCAUGCUGCAGUUAACUUUGGACAGUACCCUUAUGCAGGUUACCUUCCGAACCGGCCAACCAUAAGCAGAAGAUUCAUGCCAGAGGAAGGAACAGAAGAAUAUGAUGAACUUGUGGAGAAUCCUGAGAAGGCUUUUCUUAAGACAAUCACAGCACAGUUACAAACUCUUCUUGGUAUCUCAUUGAUAGAGAUAUUGUCUAGGCAUUCAUCUGAUGAAGUGUAUCUUGGACAAAGAGAUUCUCCUAACUGGACAAGUGAUUUGGAGGCAUUAGAAGCCUUUGAGAAAUUUGGAAGAAAACUAGCAGAGAUUGAGAAGAGAAUUGUGAGCAUGAACAAUGAUGAGAAACUGAAGAACAGAGUUGGACCUGUUAAGGUGCCAUACACAUUGCUUUAUCCAACAAGUGAAGGUGGAUUAACAGGCAAGGGAAUUCCUAACAGUGUCUCCAUUUGAUAGGAUUCCCUACUCUCUUUUGCUUUUGCUAGUUCCAUGUAUAAAUAUAUAUAUGAUUUAAUUCUAUUGAUUAUGUAUUUAUGUGAUCAUCCAAUGUACAGUUUUUUUGGAUUGAAAUAAACAAGUAAAUAUUUAAAUAUGAAUUUAAUUUUGAUAAA